AUGCCGGCGGCGGUCGCCUGCUCCGUCAAGUGCCGCCCCCACCACCGACUCUCGGCGCCGCAGCCCCACGCCGCGCUGGAGCUUCUCCCCCGCGCCCCGGCCUCCGCCGCCGGUGAGCUGCGGGCGACCCGGUGCCGGACUCCGCCUUCCCUGUCCUUCGCGCGCGCCUCCGACCAAGGGGAGGCUCCUCGAGCUCCCUGCCGAAGCCCGCCGUCCGCGAGGCGGGCCCGCGCCUCCGUGGCGGGGGGCGAGGAGGCCGGCCCCGCUUCUUCCGCGGCCGCGGCCGCCCUAAUCGCCGGCGCGCAGUCGCGGCACGCCAUAUUCCGCGAGGAGCUCGUGAGGAGGGCCUACUACGCGGCCGAGGCGGCCCACCGCGGCCAGAUGCGCGCGAGCGGAGACCCUUACCUACAGCACUGCGUGGAGACGGCGGCGCUGCUCGCGGAGCUCGGCGCAGGCCCUCCGGUUAUCGCGGCGGGGCUGUUGCACGACACGGUGGACGACGCAGGCCUGGAUUACGGCUCCAUCUCCGAGCAAUUCGGUGCUGGCGUUGCGGACCUCGUGAAGGGGGUUUCUAAUCUAAGUCAUUUGAGCAAACUGGCCCGUAGAAACGAUACAGCGAGCAGAAUUGAUGAAGCUGACAGACUGCGUACGGUCUUCCUUGCAAUGGAGGAUGCGAGAGCAGUGCUUAUCAAACUUGCUGAUAGACUACACAAUAUGAGGACGUUAGAUUCAUUGCCCAAGAUCAAACAGCAGUGCUUUGCGAAGGAAACACUAGAGAUAUUUGCUCCAUUGGCGAAUCAAUUGGGGAUCUUGAACUGGAAGGAGCAGCUUGAAAAUCUGUGUUUCAAGCAUCUUUACCCAGAGCAAUAUGACGAACUGUCAUCCAACCUUCAUGAGUUUUACAACAGAGAUAUGAUUGCAGCUGCAAUAAGGCGACUGGAACAGGCCCUUCAGGUGAGAGGGCUAUCCUAUCGUUCCAUAUCAGGGAGGCACAAGAGCAUCUACAGCAUCUACAGCAAGAUGACAAGGAAAAAACUGGACAUGGAUGAAAUCUAUGAUGUACAUGGAGUGCGUGUGAUACUCGAGAAUAAAGCUGAUUGCUUCACCACAUUAGAAGUUGUCCAUCACUUGUGGCCUAGAAUUCCUGGGAAGUUUAAGGACUAUGUCAGCAGCCCCAAAUCUAAUGGGUACCAAUCGCUGCACACGGUUGUUCUCAGUGAAGAAACACUCCCAUUAGAGAUCCAAAUUCGUACUGCGGACAUGCACUUGCAGGCAGAGUUUGGAAUCGCUGCACAUUGGAGGUACAAGGAAGGCGUUCGGAAUUGCUCUUCAUCUCUGCCUGAAAUGGUUGAAUGGGUUAGAUGUGUUGUUACAUGGCAGUGUGAAACUCUGCACACAGAUCACCCUUCGCCUCCUGGACUUGGUUCGUCCCCAAGGGCAACAUGCACCUUCCCUUCGGACUCUGAUGGCUGUCCUUUCUCCUAUUCAAAACAAUGUGACCACACUGGACCAAUCCUAGUAAUACUUCUGGAGAAUGAAAAGAUGUCAGUGCAAGAACUCCCUCAAAAUUCGAAAAUACUGGACCUAUUGAAGAGGGCUUCAAGCUACGACAUGCAGUUGAGCCUAAGGCUGAACAGCCAUGCUGUGCACAACCUGAACCAGGAGCUGAAGAUGGGCGACGUGCUGGAGCUGAUUCCUUCAACUCAAUGCAAGUCUGGAGGCUACAUGAGGGGGUUCAACCAAAUGCCUGACCACCGUCUCGCGGUUUCGCAGUCUUGA